AUGUCCCGACGCGUCGACAUCCGUCGAGCCGUCCCGCCGCGCCGCGUCCCGCUUCACAACCCACCCCUCAUGUCUACCACCGACACCGUCGCCCUCGCCCGCGCCGCGCGCGACGCGAGCCGUAAGCUUCAACAACUCUCCAGUGAGCGUCGCGCGGCGCUCUUGCGCGCCGUCGCGAACGCGCUGGAGCGUCGCGAGGAUGAGAUCCAACGCGCGAACGACGAAGACAUGGCGCGCGCGGCGGCGAACAAAGACGUCGAAGACGCGCUGUUACAGCGGCUGAAACUCAAGCCGGGGAAGGUGAAACAGCUCGCCGAUGGCGCGCGGGCGAUCGCGGCGAUGGAAGAGCCGGUGGGACGACCGUUGAAGAGCACGGAACUCGCGAGAGGAUUGACGAUGACAAAGGUGACGGCGCCGCUGGGCGUGUUGUUGAUCAUCUUUGAAUCGAGACCGGAUGCGCUGCCGCAGAUCGCGUCGUUGGCGUUGAGAACGGGGAAUGGGUUAUUGCUCAAGGGAGGGAAGGAGGCGGCGAGCUCGAACGCGAAGCUGCGCGAGGUCAUCGUGGAUGAGUUUGAGGCGUUCGGCGUGCCGAAGGAGUGCGUGUGCCUGAUCGAGGGUAGAGAGGCGGUGGCGGAUCUCUUAGCGCUCGACGACGUGAUCGAUCUGGUGAUCCCGCGUGGGUCCAAUCAGUUGGUGUCGUACGUGCAGAACAACACGAAGAUUCCCGUGCUCGGGCACGCCGACGGCGUGUGUCACGUGUACGUGGACAAGGACGCCGACUUGGACAUGGCGGCCAAGUUAGCGAUCGAUUCCAAGAUUGAUUACCCCGCGGCGUGCAAUGCGCUGGAGACGUUGCUCAUCCACGACAGUUUAGUCGCGAACGGCGGCGCGGCGGAGCUCAUGACGGCGCUUCGAGCGUCCGGGGUUGAGCUCUUCGGAGGUCCGCGAGGCACGAAGGAACUCAAGCUCCCUCCGGCGCCGGCGCUUCGUCACGAGUACGGCACCUUGCAGUGCUCCGUGGAGCUCGUGGGGUCGAUGGACGACGCCAUCGACUACAUCCACGCCAACGGCUCUGGACACACCGACUGCAUCAUCACCUCGAACCAGAAGACAGCUGACGAGUUCAUCAACCGCGUCGAUAGCGCGUGCGUCUUCCAUAACGCCUCGACGCGUUUCAGUGACGGAUUCAGGUUCGGACUCGGCGCCGAAGUCGGCAUCUCGACCUCGCGAAUUCACGCGCGCGGACCGGUGGGUGUCGAGGGUCUAUUGACGACGCGUUGCUUGGUUCGAGGCAAGGGUCAAUUUGUCAACAAGGACAAGGGCGUCACGUACACGCACAAGGCGCUUCCACUGCCCAAGGGCGCGGGCGGACCGAAGCCUAACAUGUUUCAGCAACUCGCCGCGACCGUGGCUCUCGCGGCGAACACCGUUAUCGUUUUCCGCGCCAUCAUGAAGAAGUAG